CUAAGCAAACUUAGUUGUGAUCUGACAUCCGCUGGCAACGUCCGACAUGAUGAAGACUUUAUUUAUAAUAUGCUGUAUGUCUCUCGCCGUAAUGGCGACAUCAGACCAAAAAGAGCUUGAAGAUUUGCUCCACAAUGGAAACAGCAGAUUCACAGCAAACAUGUUUUCCGAGGUAUCAAAAACAAAUCCGAAGAAGAGUUUUGUUUUGUCAGCUUACUCUGUUAUGACGCCUCUUGCACAGCUUGGCCUGGCAUCUGUGGGUGAAUCCCAUGAUGAACUAUUAAACGCGAUUGGACUGCCUAAUGACAAUGUUACGAGGGAAGUUUUUUCUAUGGUGAAUACAAAAUUACGUGCAGUAAAGGAUGUGACACUGAAGGUAGCCAGUAAAAUUUACGUUGCGAAGGGCUUUGAAUUAAACAGUGAGUUUGUCGCAGUUACACGGGACACCUUUGAUUCUGAAGUACAAAAUCUUGACUUCAAUCAGAAACAGAAUGCUGCAAAUGAAGUUAAUACUUGGGUGGAAGAUCACACUAAUAAACGCAUUAAAGAUUUAGUUGAUCCAGACAGCUUAAGCGAUGACACAAGAGCGCUCUUAGUUAACGCUAUUUACUUCAAGGGACUGUGGGACGCUCAAUUCGAUAAAGCUCUGACCCGCGAAAAGGAUUUCCACGUUACCAAAAAUGAUAAGAUCAAAGUGUCUAUGAUGAACCGACGAGGAGACUACAAAUACACAGAAAGCGCUGCAUUGAAAUCUCAGGUUAUAGAAAUUCCCUACAAAGGUCACGAAGCUUCUCUAGUCAUAGUGCUACCUCUUAAAAUUGAAGAUAUCGAUGAGGUACAAGAAAUGCUUAAGGCACCAACUCUUUUAGAUAAAGCCCUCAGUGAAAUGUACGAAGUAGAAGUUGACCUUUCUAUUCCAAGGUUUAAAAUUGAAACCACUACUGAUCUAAAGGAUAUCCUUACAAAGAUGAAUGUCAAAAAGAUGUUCAGCCCGGCCGAAGCUAGACUAGACAAUUUAUUAAAAAAUGUCAAGGAUAGUUUGUACAUAGCUUCAGCUAUACAAAAAGCUUUCAUUGAAGUCAAUGAAGAAGGCGCCGAAGCUGCAGCUGCGAAUGUAUUUGGUGUAUCUUUAUUUGCUGCACACAUUCCUGUGGAACCAAUCAAGUUCAAAGCGGAUCAUCCCUUCUUAUUCUACUUACUAGAUGGAAAUAAUAUUUUAUUUAACGGAGUCUACUAUCCAUAGUUUUCCAAGUUAAAGUCGAGAGUCUGAGUCUCAGCAUUCCUCCAACGUUCUACGCGGAUAGACCAUUUUAUUUUGCUGUGAAAUACAACUCUCUAACAUUGUUUAGUGGUGUGAUGCACGCAAAC